AUGUUCCCACGCAACUCGCCGCUGCUUCUCUUCGCGGCCGUUCUGCUGCAUGGGAUCCCCAUCCUUCAUGCUCGAAGGGCGAUUGGGAGACGAGGUGAUGUCGAGGUGGUUGAGGCCGUCGUCGAUGUUGGCGGGACUGUUGGCGGGACUGUAUGCAUCGGCCAGGACACGGACGAAUGGGGCGAGGGUGAUGACGACGAAGAUUGCGAGGUUGUGUCGCCGAGGGAGAGUACCGCAGAAGAAGCCCUAGAUCCGGGGCGGUUAUCCGAUGGUGCUUUGGACGGUGCAGUCUUGCAAGGACCGGUGUCGCUGUCUGUGAGGGAUCGGGGCUUGGUGACGACGGAAGUGUCUCCAGCUUCCAUUUUACGGGAGCACCAAGCUUGGCACUCGGAGGAGAAGAAGGUCAAUUUUGGAGGCGAAACCCUAGGGUACGUCACUCCCUGGCACGGUGGAGGGUACGACUUCGCCCGGACUUUCCGCUCCAAGCUCACGUACGUCAGCCCGGUGUGGUACCAGCUUAGGGGCGGUCGCGAAAGAGACCCUUCCCAGGGAGGAGGAAAUGACAGUCCCUUCUUUCACCUGGCGGGCGGGCAUGACUUUGACGAGGCUUGGGUUUCGGACGUGCGGCACGGUGUCGGUCAAGGGGACGGAAGGAACGGUGAAGUGACAAAGAUCGUUCCUCGUGUGGUGUUGGAGCUGCGGCAAGGCUCUGCUCUUUCCCAAGCGGAUCUUCGGGAGAUGGCAGAGCUGCUUGUGGCGGAGGCUGUGCAAAGAGGGUACGACGGGUACGUGCUGGACAUCCCUCUUUCCGACGGCAUCGAGGAGUUCGUGUCUGGAAUAAAGAGAGCCGCCUCCAGGAUGGGUGAAGACCUAAUACUCAUACAGUCCGUGAGACCGGGCGUUUCUCUGUCUGCACACCUGACCGAUCGGCUGGUUCCUCUCAUCCACCGAUUCUCGCUCAUGACCUACGACUACCGGCCGUCGGACAAUCCCCAAGGUGCGUCCCGCGGGCACAGAAGGGAAGGCGGUGGCGUCCCCAACAGUCCACUUUCAUGGGUGCGAGAGUGUGUCGAGGCUUUCGCGCCUGGUGGGCGGGGGAGCGAGCUGCGCGCGAAGACUCUUAUCGGCCUCCCGUUCUACGGGUACGACAAUGGUCGGGCCAUCACCUCAGGGGACGUGGUUUCGUUACUCACAGGCGGCAACGUCCUCCCCGCUGGUCUCGAGUGGGACUCGGAGUGGAGGGAGCACGUCCUUUCUUACAGAGAGAGGGGUGCUGAGGGCUUCCAGGAGCACGUCGCGACGUUCCCUACACUGGCCUUCAUACAGGAGCGGAUCGAUUUGGCGUCGGAGCUCGGCGUCGGCUUGGCCCUGUGGGAGCUCGGUCAGGGGAUGCCGUAUUGGUUCGAUCUCCUGUAACCGUAACAACGCUGUAGAGGUAUACUAGGUACAUGUCAUGUAUACUAGGUACAUGUCAUGUAUACUAGGUACAUGUCAUGUAUACUAGGUACAUGUCAUGUAUACUAGGUACAUGUCAUGUAUACUAGGUACAUGUCAUGUAUACUAGGUACAUGUCAUGUAUACUAGGUACAUGUAUACUAUCGAAACCAUAAAUACAAUGCUAGUAGUGGGGGGGUAUAACACAUGUACCGUACUUGAGGCGAAAAAGCAGCUCCCCCAUUACUGUGUUUUCGAUUUGCAGGUAUGGUCGCAAUUUUCGGGGUCAUGCGUUUUGCUAGGAACGCAGCAGAGAGAGAAAAGGUCCCCGCAGUUUUCUGAUUGGCCAAUUUUUUUAUAGCGGGGGCUGGUUUAGGAGAGCCACCGUUCCAACUGCCCGAUUGUGGGAGGAUCUCCCUCUGCAGCGGUUGUCUCGCCGAACCUAGAUGUGAUGUGAGAGAGAGGGUGUUUGCCUGCUUGGUGUCAAGUCGAAGACAGGACUCUCCGACUCGCUUCGUACUAGAUGCACGUAGACGUUACAUCGUCUUUCGUGAGGAGGCCACUGGGUGGUGAUGCUGGCUAGGAUAGAGCAUACAGUACUGUCUGCUACAGGGACAGAGCUUCUGAGACAUCCAGGGUGUACAGGGGAUUGAUCGUCAGGUUGGCAGAAAAGACCGUCGACUUGUUUCGCAGGGGUGUGAGGGUCGCGUACUUGCUCUUUGCGCCUAAUAUACUGCCAAGAGUUGUGACGCACGGGUUUGUUUUGACCCAGCUUUCGAGUCUGAGCGAUGAACUCUUUGUCCAGUUGGUUGGCCUAUUUUUUGCCCCACCUUCCACAAUGGGUGUGUACAGUAGUUCCGUGCAUUGAACAUUGGCGCUUCUCGCACGGAAACCUUUUUUUUAAUUGUACUUGGAUCGGGUUUUACGGCUGUGACCACGGCAAUUUGUGCAUUCUCUCAGCAAAUAGUACGGAUCGGACGGGAGGAAAUGGACGGAGUUCAGAGCGGCUUUCAAUUUGAAGACAACAUC